UCUCUUUUCUUGAGUAUAAUACCAUUCGAAUAUUCUCUUUGUCUUACAAACUUUUCGUGUGAGAAAUUGAACUUAACUAGCACUGUAUAUGAAAUAUAUCACUCUCAAACAGAACAAAUAUCAUACCUUUCAGUUAUAUAUUGUGUGGUUUAAGUAACACUUGUCUCUCUAUCUCUCUCACAAUACAAAUCGAUAUUGCAUAUUAUAGCUUUAAACAUUGAUAUCUAUAGAUAUACUUUUGCUAAACAUAAUAAGUUCAGGUCUAUUUGAUUUUGAUCUAUUAUGUUGAUAAAGUUAUUUGUAAGCCUUGCAAUCUACAUAGGGCUACUUAUAACUAUUCUCUCAUCGAUUGAACCAUCAUCAAGUAGUAGUGAUGCAAAUUCUGCAGUUCUUGACACACAAGGUAACAAAAUUCAAAGUGGUGUUGAGUACUAUGUUAAGCCUGCAAUCACAGAUGAUGUUGGUGGCUAUGUCACAUUGAUUGAUAGAUUUUGUAAUAAUGGUUCAUGCCCUUUGUGUAUUGGCCAACAAAAUGUUGUCGGGGCCUCAAGAUUUUCUAUAAAGUUUACACCUUUCAUUGAAGGGGAGAGUAUGGUUAGAGAAAACAGAGAUUUCAAGGCGUUGACUUUAUGUGUUCAGUCAACGGAAUGGAAGGUUGGGGAUCAAGAGAGUGUGAAGAGGUUGAUUGUGGCAUGUGAUGGUGAUGAUGAUCAAGGAUUAUUAAAGGGUUUCUUCAGAAUUGAAAAGGGUAAUUUGGGUAUUUACUAUUUUGUAUGGUGUCCAUUAGAAGUGUGUCCUAAUUGUAGGUUGAAUUGUUCAUAUGUUGGUUCUUGGAUUGAUGAGAAUGGAAAUAGGUUCUUGGCUUUGGGUGCUAAUAGCACUCUUCCUCUGAUCUUUGAGAAGGUUAAUGAUUUAUCUAGCUAGGUGUUUAUGUGCUUUUGAUUUGAUUGAUUUGUAAUUUCAGCAAAGAAAUGUGAAAUAAUAAUGAGAGGUUAUGAAUC